AAAUAAGUGGAACGCUUCCCGGCGCUAUACGCAAGUCGAUCAAGUUCCAAACUGCAAAUUCGAAUACGCAAACUCAAUUAAGUGGCAACCAGAUACAGAUUCGGUUAAUAGUUGCGCACUCAAGUCUCGUAUUAGAAACUCGAUUCCACCCGUGGAAACUAAAAAUGGCUGGCAGUUUGUGAAAUUUAGUAAAUAAAGAUUCAAAGGGGAAAAAUAAGAAACAAAGAAGCAAAAAAUUAUCUUUGUGACUAAAGGAUCUAAACUAGUUCACAAGCAAGCAGAAUGCCCAGCUGGAGCGUGACGAAUGCGUUUCGCGUGCUCACACGCAAGAAGCCCCUGGAGGACUCGAAUGAAUCCAAACUGGCCAAGGUCUUAUCCGCCUUUGAUCUUACCGCCCUGGGAAUCGGAUCGACGUUGGGUGUGGGUGUUUACGUCCUCGCUGGCGAAGUGUCCAAGCAAUAUGCUGGGCCUGCCGUGGUCGUGAGCUUCCUGAUCGCUGCCAUCGCCUCGAUCUUCGCCGGAUUGUGCUAUGCGGAGUUCGGAGCUCGGGUUCCAAAAGCGGGAUCGGCGUAUAUCUACAGCUAUGUGACUAUUGGCGAGUUUAUCGCCUUCCUCAUCGGCUGGAAUCUCAUUCUCGAAUACGCAAUCGGCUCUGCCAGUGUCGUCAAGGGUUUAAGCACCUAUCUCGACCAGCUUUGCGGCAAUCCGAUGAGUAGUUUCCUGGGCACCCACAUGCCCCUCAAUAUUGAGGGAAUGAGUGCCUAUCCGGAUCUGUUUGCCUUCGUGGUAACCAUACUUUUUUCCCUGGCCAUUGCAGUUGGAGCCAAGGAAUCUACCAGGGUGAACAAUGUCUUUACCAUGCUCAAUCUUGGAGUGGUGUUGUUCGUCAUUAUCGCGGGUCUUUUUAAAGUUUCCAGAAGCAACUGGUCCAUUCCAAAAUCGGAGGUACCCGAGGGUUACGGCGAUGGUGGAUUUAUGCCGUACGGAGUUUCGGGCAUAAUCAAGGGUGCUGCUGUUUGCUUUUACGGCUUCAUUGGCUUCGACUGCAUUGCCACAGCUGGAGAGGAGGCCAAGAACCCCAAGAAGUCCAUUCCAUUUGCUGUGAUUGUCUCGCUGGCCAUGAUCUUUCUGGCCUACUUUGGAGUGUCCACAGUGCUGACCAUGAUGCUACCCUAUUUUGAGCAGGACGAAAAGGCUCCACUGCCCCAUGUCUUUCGGAUAAACGGCUGGCAUGUGGCCGAGUAUGUUGUCAGUAUUGGAGCGAUGUUUGGACUGUGCUCCAGCAUGAUGGGAGCCAUGUUCCCGUUGCCAAGGAUCGUAUUUGCCAUGUCUAACGAUGGAUUGCUGUUCAAAUUUCUUGGAGACAUUAGCGAGAAGUACAAGACACCUUUCAAGGGAACCAUGAUCACAGGUCUGCUGACUGGUAUUCUGGCAGCCGUUUUCAAUCUCAGCCAACUGGUGAACAUGAUGUCCAUUGGCACUUUAUUGGCCUAUUCCAUGGUGGCGAGUUGCGUCCUUAUGCUGCGCUACGAAGUGGACGAUCGACGGGAGAGCCGCAUUGUGGCAAAUGGACGUGCCACGGGUCUGGAGCAGGAUCAUCCCGGUGCCCUCUGGAGGCGGAUAUUCAACCUAAACGGUCAGACAGUACCCACAAAGCAGACUUCAAGGAUCGUCACCUACAGUGUCACGCUGUUCUCUCUUUGGUGCAUGGUUUUCUCGCAGAUUCUGACCAAGUUCGAGGAGGAUCUGGCUAACGUGACGUCCUUCGACGGUAUUAAGCUGGUGCUGGGCACCAUCCCCCUUGCAGUACUGCUCCUGAUUAUCUCGCGCCAACCAACAUCAGGGGUGAAAUUGUCGUUCAAGGUUCCCUUGGUACCCUGGCUACCGGGCAUUUCCAUUCUGAUUAACAUUUACCUGAUGAUCAAGUUGGAUAUUCUCACAUGGGUGCGCUUUAGCAUAUGGAUCGCAAUAGGCCUGACUAUCUUUCUGGCCUACGGCAUCCGUCACAGCCGACUGAGGCAGCGGGAACAGCGCAACAAUUCCAUCGCCAUGAUGCGGGAUUGCAGCAAUACGGCGUUGUUGGGCGGCCAGGAAAACUCAAAAUACAGCAACGAGGUGCCCCUGAUAUUGAUGCACAGUACAUCCUAAAUACGUAUUGAUAUUUAACAUUUAAUAUUUAACAUACUAUACAUUUAAAUUUUGCCUGCAAGAUACGCGAUCAUCAUCCACAUACUCACGUAUGUAAUUUACACAUGCACUUAUCCUCAUAUCGUUAAAUAGGAUACCAAAAACUACGAAAGUACAAUAAGUAAGCUGAAAGCAAUAAACACGAAUAUUCCUAUGCUAAAUA